UUCACUCAACCAUAACCUUUCAAAGAUCAAAGCAAUACAGUUUGUGCAACCUGAAAUUCUCUCUUCUUUUCUUAGUAAACAAACAACUUGUUUCAAAACCUUUUGAUUUCUCUAACCAAAAACAACUAAAAAGUUUUGCACAUCACAUCUUUUGACUCCAUGGCUCCUGAUAUUACUGCUACUCUUGCUAACAACGCCAACUCCCUUGUCAAGCAAGCUAGCAUUUCAAGUUGUGCAUAUGUUACGUUUUUGGCUGGUGAUGGAGACUACUGGAAAGGUGUUGUAGGGUUAGCCAAGGGAUUGAGGAAGGCAAAGAGCAACUACCCUUUGGUGGUAGCUAUCUUGCCUGACGUUCCCGAGGAGCACCGGAAGAUACUUGCCUCUCAAGGGUGCAUAGUGAGGGAGAUUGAGCCUGUUAACCCACCGGAGAACCAGACCCAGUUUGCUAUGGCUUAUUAUGUCAUCAACUACUCCAAGCUUCGUAUAUGGGAGUUUGUGGAGUAUAGCAAGAUGAUAUAUUUGGAUGGUGACAUCCAAGUGUUUGAUAACAUAGACCACCUCUUUGACAUGCCUGAUGGCUACUUCUAUGCUGCCAUGGACUGCUUCUGUGAAAAAACAUGGAGCAAUAGCCCCCAGUACAAGAUUGGUUACUGCCAACAGUGUCCCGAUAAGGUCCAUUGGCCUGCUGAGAUGGGUCCUAAGCCUCCUCUCUACUUCAACGCUGGCAUGUUUGUUUAUGAGCCCAACUUGUCGACAUAUCAUGACCUGCUGGAGACCCUCAAAAUCACCACCCCUACCCUCUUUGCUGAGCAGGAUUUCUUGAACAUGUUUUUCAGGGAUGUUUAUAAGCCAAUUCCUUCGGAUUACAACCUUGUGUUGGCCUUGUUAUGGCGCCAUCCUGAGAACAUCAACGUCGACAAAGUCAAAGUUGUUCACUAUUGUGCUGCUGGGUCCAAGCCAUGGAGGUACACAGGAAAAGAAGAUAACAUGGACAGAGAAGACAUCAAGAUGCUGGUUAACAAAUGGUGGGACAUUUACCACGACGAGUCCUUGGACUACAAGAACACUGUGGUGGCUGCUGCUGGAGCUGAAGUGCAACCAUUCUUGGCGGCGCUAUCAGAAGCUGGUAUUGCUCACUACAUUACCGCCCCAUCUGCCGCUUAAAGCUGGUGGAUUGUGGAGCUAGUAGCCUUCUAAAUUAGUCAAAUUGUAGAGGAAAAACAGUCUUUUUUAGCUUCUUUUUUUUUGUGACAGUUUGCUGGUUGUUAAUAUCCCCUAUAUUCAUGAAGUGGGAUAGUGUUCUUUUGAGUUUUCUUCCAAAUCUGGGAGGACCUUUUAUGAGUUUAUCCCUCAUUUUGUAAAUAAAACUAUUAUUCUCUGUGUAUACACAA